AUGAUUGUCCUUGACAGUCAAGACCCUCAGGAUGCAAAAUCAAGCUUGGCUCCUGUCGCUGGUCCCACUGUCCGCCGACCCGACAGAGUCUUUGGUGGUAGCACACCUUCACUCGUUCUCCCCGACUACGAAACAUCUCAAGCCAUCGAAUUGGAGGCUCUCCAUCUCCUCAGAAGCCCCUCAUCGUCCGCGAAUUCUAUUCACCGCUACAAGAGGGCCUCCGUCAGACAAUGGAUACCGUCCAGGUUUUGGAGGAUCAUGUUCUAUGUCAUGAUUCUAUACGUUGUUCUCACUCUGGCGAUUGGUGUACCCCUCCUCGUACUUGUCUUCAAGCGGUCCGCCCAGAACGCCAUGCAAAUAUCACCACUGGCACUCUCAUGGCUGGAUGACGAGCCACAUGACUCUCCGCUCUACCUAGAGAACGGGGUUCUUGUCCAUAGUGAGAACGCAACGUGCGAUCACUGGACUUUGGUAGAUGCGCCCGUAUCGGGUAACCUGUCUCUCACUACCGCAAAAUACAGUCUCCCUGCAACCGGAUCAAUAUCCAUGCGACUUACCACUCUCUACUCAAAUUCCUUGCCUGAACUAACCGCUGGAGGAUCUCUCAAUGUUGCCUUCAAUUCUAAUCCCAGGCAAACCCAGGCCCUUUUCAACGUCUCCCUCCAUACAUCCAGCCGCUCCGUCAGGGAGAACGUUCAUGUCUGCUUCCAGCAAGUAGGAGCGGAUCGAGGUGUUGUCAUUUAUAUUCCAACAAACCUUACUAUCGGUGACACUCUCAGUCUCGAUAUACAACUAUUACUUCCUCGGCCUUCGGCUGGACUGAAAGUUACUAAACUGGCCACUUACCUCCCUGGCAUCGAGCAAAUUUUCUGGAGGAUGGACAGCUACCGCUUCACACAGAUGAAUAUCGAAGGCGCUCAAGCCAGCAUCAGUUUCAAGUCAUUGAUGGCGCAGAACAUGGUUGUGAAGAAUUCAUUAUCUCCUAUCAUAGGAACUUUCAAUAUCACUCGGUCGUUGCAUCUAGACAACGUAGGCGGUACCGUUAAUACAAAUAUCUCCAUGGUGCAUGAUUCAAGUAACGAUUCACCGACGUUCGUGUCUAUUGAUUCCGGAAAUGGCGAUAUCCGGGCGAAGCUAUUAUUGUCCUCCCCACUGAAGCGUUCUGUCCUAUCCAACCCGCAGCCUAAUUUCACUGCCUACGUGAAAACAUUCGACGCCCCCAUCAAUAUAGAUAUCGAUUACGACUCCUCGACGCCAGUCGCUCCGCUGAAUAUGGCCGUUCAGAAUAAUUUGGGAGCAUCGAAUAUCACCGUCGAUGCUAGAUAUGAAGGCACAUUCGACAUGCAGACCAAACUAUCACAGGCAACCGUGAUCGAAGAACAAGUCGAUUCGUGGUACGAUCCCGCCGGCUUGCACAGAGAUUUUCGCUACGAAUACGACCAUAAGUCGUCAAAUCGGAUAUUUGGAUGGGUAGGCUGGGGCUCGCGGCUGAAACCCCGGACGCCUGGGCAGAGUAACCUUGUAGCUUCCUCCUCGAUGAGCCCCGUCUCCCUACGUUUUCGUGAGAGAACAAUAACGCGGACUAGACGUUGA